UCAGCUGCAUCUUAACGUAACUUACUUUAUAUAAACACUUUAAUGUUUAACAUAACCAAAGAAUCUUUAUCUUUGAACUUUAUACAGGUUAUAUUUAUAGAUUUAAACUUCCUCAUUCGAUCAAAAUGACAAGACUUAAAUUUGUGGACGGUUUUUGGGAAGCUGACUUUUUAGGAGUUCGAGGCUAUGAAAUUUUAUGUCAACGGUUAAAAUCAGGCAAAAAAAUGUGUAAAGAAAUAGACGAAUUCUUCAAAGAAAGAAUAAAAGCAGAGCAAGCCUAUUCAAAGGCUUUGUCGAUUGCUGUUAAGAAAAUUGGUAACCCAGAAGAGAUGGGAGAUCUUGGUAAGUCGAUUUUACAACUUCAACGAGAGACGGAGAAAAUAUCAGCUGUUCAUGAUUUGGCAGCCAAGCAAUUUCUGGCAUUAGAAAGGGAGUUAACAGAGUUCAGUGCUGAUCAGAAUAGUAAAAGACAUGCGACUGACGAAACUAUAAGAAAAUCAAACCAAUCAAAGCAACAAUCUUAUAAGCAUACCAUAUCACUUAAAGAAAAAUACACACAGAGAUGUCGGGAAAAGGAUAACGCCGAAGAGGCUUUCAACAAUGCAAAACAAAGUGUCACUGUGAAAACCAAGGAUCUAGACAAGAUUGAGAAAGUCAAAGACAAAGCUAUUGAAACUAUGGAACAAGCAGAUCAAUCGUACAAGAGCAGCAUAGAAACUUUAGAGAACACAAGAACGCAAUGGGAAAAAGACAUGGAGAACACAUGUUCUGAAUUCGAACAUCUUGAAGAAGCAAGAAUUGAGCUUCUGAGAGAGCUAAUCUGGAAGUGUACUAAUAUAGACUCUCAAGCAUGUGUAGACCAUGACCAGUGUGCAGAAAAUGUUCGGCAAAUGUUAGAACUAUGUGAUAUAGACAAAGAAUUACAUGACUUUAUUGACAAAAAUAAGACAGGUUCAGAGAGGCCAGCUGAGGUCUUUUAUGAAAAUUAUUACGCCAAAAAGGGCAGUUCUGGACACGACCAAUCAAGACACAAUGACAAAACCACACUCAGCAGACGCCCACCUGAACGCAUUCCACAGGACUUGCCAAAACAACCAAGAGCAAGGCCCCCUCCUGCACGUCCUACAGACCAGCCAAAGCCCACGGAGAGAAUAACGACAAAAGAACAAUGUCUUAUUUCUUUUGAUGAUGACAUCACGUCUAGUGGGUAUUCAAGCAUAUCUGAUGUAAGACCAAACAGAGGUCCGAACGUAACGGAGUCUGGGUACUCUGAUGUACAUGACGUCAUACCAGAACGAGCACAGGGUAAAAUACAACGCCCUUACACAUCGAAGAGCCCUUCGGAACACAAUGUUAAAGUAGGUGAAGUGGUAGAAAUUGUGCGUGAAAUGCCGGGGAAUAGUGUUCAAAUUAUGAAAAAUGGACGAAUUGGGAUAAUACCCAAACAGUGUAUACAGAUGAUGGCAUAUGUAUAGCCAAACUUAACUUCGAUCACAUUUUCACCAUUAUGAACCAAGUGAUUGCUGCAAAUACCCGGAUAUAAAAAUAAAAGCGACGCCAUGAUGUAAUAUACAGACUUCAACAAUCAGUUUCAAAUUAUUUAUGUUUAAUUUCAAAAUUUGUGUUUAAGUAUAUAUAUGCAUUAGAAUAAUGUAAUGUGGCAAAAUUCAUGCUUCGAUUUUAUAAAAUUUAUAAUCGAUUGUUAAGCAGCUUUCUUUAAUAUGCAGCAUCUUGAUUUUAGAUUACACUUUCACAUGCAGUAACAGUGUAUUUUAUGUAAUAAUGCCAGUAUUAUAGUAUUCCUCUCUGAGUUUUCUCAUGGGGAAGUCUGUUCUUAAUAAAUUAAUUUAUUUAG